AUGAUCGGAUCAUUUUGGAACCUUUGUAGAGCGUGCCCUUCAAUGCCUGUAGAUAAGCUCCAUUCGGAAUAUAGAAGUACCUAUCGAUGGCACGAGUACACCGGAGGACCCGAUGUCGUAAGAAAACCACCUGUGCCAAACCAAUUCGCAGCCAGCUCGAAGGCGGAUCACUUUUUCUCGAAAUCAACGGAGGAUGAAAAGUUUAUCGAAGCUUCGAUCAACGAGCCGCCCUUGCCGAGAAGGAAAAAGUGCCCCGAGUUAGCGUAUCGGACGAACGAAUUUCUGGCGGCACGGGGCAAAAAUGACGCCGCUGGCCAUGAUCGUCCCGAUGCGGGAACAACGACUCACACUAGAGCAAGGUCUGAAGAGCGUGGAACUCCUUCGCGUCGCAGCAAAUCGGAGGGACCGCCGGCUGGUGUCGCCAACGGAAGGCUUCCAUCCGGGACCGGAUACGCGAACGGCACCAUCGAGCCGCCACCGGUCUCGAUCGCUGGCAGGGCACUGGAACAGGCGGGUGAGUCAUCUACUAGUGGACUAUUCAAAAAAACCAUUACCAAACUGAGCACGGAGUACCGGCUCCAGUUCGUGUGGCCACACGUGCGGCGCGCGAUCAAGGGCGGCCCCGCGGCAGGUGCACCCGGCGCCGGCGACGGUGGCGGUGCGGACACUAUCGAUGCACCCCCGCGCAAGUCCCUCUCCAUGGGUGCGCUGAAGGCGGCCCAGAUCGGAGCCGCCGGUGGCGGCCCCAUCGCUUCCGUACACAAAAAACGAACGACUAACGAGCGAGAAGCCACGGCCACGGAGCUCGAACCACUGGUCAACGAUUGCGAGACAUCGAUGGAGAAGUCGCAGCAGCCGCAUGAGAAGCGCGGCGAGAUGGCACGGGUUGUCGAGCAGAAGAUAAAGGCGUUGCGCGUGGAGAAGGAAAAGUUUGGCUUCGAACCGGAGGCGGGCGAUGGGCCGCGUGCGCAGACGAACUCCGGCAUCGAUAACGCCUGGUACAAGGAGGUGCUGGAGCUAAGGAAGAAGGCCGGCGAGUACAGGAACCGUGGCUGGGGAGUGGAGAUGAAUCCGGACCUCUUCAACAAGCAGGUCGAGCUGUGGGACCAAGUGUCUCGCCGCAGCUCGCUGAGUGCGCUUUCGUUGGCAUCAAGCGUUCGGCCAAUUACCAAGGAGGAAAAGGAGAAGGAAAACAACAAGAAAAGCUCCCCAACCAAGGCGCUCACGCGUGGUGGUGCUCGCGCCCCCGGUGGUGCUCGUCCUGUGGAAAGCAACAAGCCGAUUCCGGAUGGGUUGAACUUGUCCGCGUCGGCGGCUGCUCGCAGCCGCAAGGAUGCCAUCCGGCACCAUCUGGAGCGCACGACCGGACCGGACGUCGAGGAAGGAGCACUGCUACCUUCACCGACACGCGAAAAACUCAUGCCGGCGAUUCCACGCUCGAAGGCCGACAGCCCGCAACGAGGCAGCCCUCAAAAGACGGGCUUGUCGCGUCACGGCAGCCCUCAAAAGGGCAGCCCACAGAAGAGCAGCCCCAAGAAGAUGUCUAGCAAGGGACGCUCGCAAUCUGUCGGACCGGCCGUUGUCAGUGAGGGCGGUGCCGGAGUGCCGGUGGCAGGAGGAUCCCCGAAACGGCAGCUCCGCUCUGGCAGCACGGUCGCGGCCUCGACUGCUUCCUCAGCGGCGAAAACGCACAAGAAGACGCCGACCUCGGCCACGGCACCGGCCAUCGCGCAAACCCAGCAACCGUUGCAGCAGCAACCGGAACGAAGACCCCGGCCGACGUCCCUUUCCACCACCAAUCACUCCCGCUCGAAGAGCAGCACUCUGCCCACGAGCCGUCACCAUCCUCCGCAUUCCAGUAACCUCACGAACCUCACCAACAACAAUCAUCUUCCCAAUGCAUCACCAUCAUCAUCCGCCGCCCCAAUGGCCGCGUCCAUGAUCGCCACCAACACCAGCACCCCCGCCACCAAUGCCACCGCCGCCGCCCGCGCCAAGCUGACGCUGGCGACGGGUGCGAAGCGGCAUCCGUCCGCAACCCGGACGGCCAGACCGCCCACCAGUUUGGCCAGCGACUCGUCUGCUCCCUCGUCGGCGUCUAGCACGCUGAGGAAGAAGCAGAGGGUGGCCGAGGGCGGUGGCAGUGGUGCCGGUGGUCGGGGCAGCGCCAGCGCCAGAUCGGUUGAAUCGGAUAAAAAAUUACUCGCCGGAAAUGUUGAGGACACCGACAAGGAGAGCACCCAAGCCGCAGGAAUGACCGGCACUCCUACUGUGGUACCACCACCGGAAAUACUGGAGCAAAUCAUUAAGUCACCCCCGGAACCGACGCGCGUCAAGUCACCGGAACAGAUCAUCAUGCGCUCGCCUGAUCCAGUUAACUGGACCGUGCCUUUGGACACGGGCAAAACUUUUACCGUGACGCAGAACGUGCGUGAAGGUGAUCCUAUGAUUCGUCCGCACAGCGAGAUCAAGGCAUCAACACCGGUGGAACAGCCACCACCACCGCCACAAUCGGCACCACCCGAGCUUUCUGAGCAAUCGAAGAUGCCCAGCACCAAACUCGAACCGAGCUCGAUCAAGGAGUCGGAGGAUGAAGACGAUGAUUUGCCCCGUUCGAAAUCGUCCGUUGCUUCAUCGGUCAAUCCGAUCUCGACGGCCAUCUCGGAACCGACGACCGUAUCGCAACCGGCACCAGCACCAACACUACCACCAUCGCAGCCAUUUGCCACGCAGCUUGCCGGUUCUUCCGGUGGAGACGCCCAGUCACCGGUGGCCGCUACCGUAGCACCCGUUCCGGCGCCGGAACCGGUCCGCUACGAUAAGCCGGUAGCCGGCUCAACACUGCGCUGCCUGGACGAUCCGGCAUUCGAGUCGGACAUUAACUCUCCGCUAGCGAACCGCAACGUGGCCACGGAGGUACUCGAUAAGGCUCGCGAUCGGUUCGACCGGUUCUGGGGUAACCCGAACGACAAACCGGAGGAGUCUUAA